AUGUCUGCGCCGUACGGAGAGUCUUUGUUUUCGUUCCUCAACAUAACCGGUUACUACAUCUACUCUUCGUCUUGCCAUGACCUGAGUUCAAAAAAGUACCUCUUGAGCCAUGGAAAGCUGCUCCUGGCAGGCUGCUUCUUCGCGGUAGCCACUUCAGUACGCAGCAAUGGUAUCCUCAGCGGAAUUCUCCUGGCCUAUGAUGCUAUCUGGCAAGCAUACGGCCUUGUAUCUCGCCGCUCUAUGGGCACUAUGGUCGUUCGCCUUGGCUUCACUAUAGUCAGCGGCUGCAUUGUUGCGCUAGGCCUUUUAAUCCCCCAGUACCUAGCUUAUACCUCUUAUUGCACGAACAAGGAUUAUAUACGACCGUGGUGCCAGUCCCUCCUUCCCAGCAUAUAUGGCUGGGUCCAGAGACACUACUGGGGCGUCGGCUUUCUCAAGUACUGGACGGUCCCGAAUAUCCCCCUUUUUCUAUUAGCCACGCCCAUGCUCCUGAUUCUUUUUCUAUCGUCCUUAUGGGCACUUGGCGCGGGUGUAUCUCCUCGUUCAUCCGGGACCACGCCUAAGACCAGCUCUACUAUCUCUUCAAGCCCCGCGUCCUCAUUACUAAUACAACUCGCCAUUGCUCAGUUCAUACUUACAGUAAUGGCCGUCACAAGUUACCACGUCCAGAUCGUCAACCGAAUUUCCUCGGGCUACCCAUUGUGGUACUGGUACCUUGUCUGGCGCGCCCUGUGGACUUCAGAUGCUACUCAGUCUGCCAAGAACAGAACCCAAGUCCUGCUUGUUGUGCAGCUCAUGGUGGCGUACGCACUUGUCCAAGCUGUUCUUUUUGGAUCAUUUCUUCCGCCGGCUUGA